AUGUCAUCCACGUCAUUUAGCUAUGUUGAGGAGUUUCGUAAAAUUAUAAUCCUCGCUUUUCCAUUGAUGGUGACGCAUUUUCUUCGUUUUAUAUGUCCUUUUUUGAGCAUUAUGAUUUGCGGUCAUUUUAGUCGUGAGGAACUUGACGCAUCGUCAUUAGCCAACACUGUGAUCAAUGUACUUGGUCUCUGCAUUGAUAUGGGUUUUUCAACAGCCUCAGAAACUUUAUUCAGUCAGGCCUAUGGAAGUUCAAGAAGGAAAUUAAUGGGAAUUAUUCUCCAGCGUUCACUGCUUAUCAUGACGCUAAUCUUCCUCACACUGGCUUGUUUCCACAUAAGCAUUGAGUAUUUUCUUCUCAAAGCACAACAGGAUCCACUUAUUUCAUCUUUGGCGGCCGAUUAUAUUAUGUGCUUCCUACCCGGACUCUACUGUGACUUUCUCUUCAUGACACUUUCACGGUACCUGACUAGUCAAAAUCUUGUGAAACCCAUGACACUUGCAGCCAUUGCUGGAACCAUAUUCACUGUCCUAACUCAACCUCUUGUUUACUACCUGAAACUGGGACUUAGAGCGUCUGCAUGCUUCCUAUCCUGUUCUUUCGCGACGAUGCUAUUAUGUGAAGUCCUCUACAUAUACUUUUAUCGAAUCUACUCCGAAACUUGGGCAGGAUGGGAUUUCGUUUCCGCACUCUCGGAUUGGGGCAUCUUCUUUCGAUUUGGCAUUCCUGGGGUUCUUAUGGUGGCUUUUGAGGAGUGGUGUCUCGAACUUAGUACAUUUAUUGCAGGCACGAUCGGUGAUGCUGUAUUAGGAGCACAAGCCAUCGUCUUUCAAAUCCAAUCUUUCAUCUACAUGGUUCCCUUAGGCGUUCGCACUGCUGUAAACGUGAGGGUCGCUCAACAACUGGGAGCUUUUGAUCCCCAAGGGGCCCGACAUACCACCGUGACUGCCUUUGUCUCCGUUAUUGGCAUCGUGUUCUCAACGGCAGUGCCCGUGGUUUUGAUGCGUCACAUACUACCAUAUCUCUUUACAUCUGACAAAGAAGUUAUUGAUGAGGCUGCUAAACUCUUCCCAAUGCUCCUGGUCUUCCAAUUUUGCGAGGGAUUGGGUGGAGUUUCGGAGGCUGUAUUGCUGGCCUGCGGUCGACAAUUCCUGGGUGCAGCAACAAUAUUCUUCGGCUAUUAUUGUAUUGGUCUACCUCUGGGCUUUUUUCUCACUUUCAAUCUUGAGUGGGGAAUCAUUGGUAUGUGGGUGGGAUUGGCAACUGGAUUUUUCCUAACAGAUUGUGUCUACACCUUCUUCGCGUUGAAAACGGAUUGGAAGGAACAAUCGAGAAAGGUAAGAGCAAGUGAUUUGGUUGAUUGCGUCCACGCAUCGAGUGCAACUUUCCAUGAACCCGAGGCUCUGGCCCGAUUCCCUUUUGAUAUUUAUGUUAAUGUAUGUUUCGAAUCGAUGCUCAUUGCAGUUGCUAUUUGUUACUCCUUCUUUCAUAUGCGUAAUACUAUAUAUAUGUACCUUUUCUCGGAUCUUCUUCUUGUAGAAUCCACUUUGUUGCCAUACGACUGCGAGCGAGUUGAGGAAAAGCAAUUUUCCACCACUGUUGUCCGGCCAGAUUGGUUCAAAAUCCGCUUAAAAAUUGGCUUCUUCGUCCUUGUCUCUCUCUUUCUGCUGUAUAACUUAUUUCUUCGUUUCCAUUCCAAGAUACCCUAUUGGACUACUGUGUGCCUAAACGAGACCGCUGUAAAGAAACCGAGUGCAGAGUUUUGUCAGAGCGCCUACUUCAGUGCGGGCUUAAUUUGA